AUGCUCCUGGUAUGCGCUGCUACUCUCCUGGCCGCCGCUGUCAUCACGACCCAGGCCGCCGCCGUCCCACCCACUACCUCGGACUCGCGGAUGAAGCGUGACUCUGCAACUGGCUUCGAGUGGGAUCCCGAGAAUUUCAAGGUUGCUGCCGUCCGCAAGCCGCCGGUUGGAUUCGUGUACCAUGCCCUCUCCAACCAAUCGACCUGGUGGAACUACGAUCUCAACGCCACCAUCGCCCAGUCGGUCGAGAUGAUCCACCAAACCGCGGCCGAGGGCACCAAGUUCAUCGCCUUCCCGGAGCUCUACUUCCCUGGCUACCCUGCCUUCCGCACUCCCAACGGCCCCAAGGACUUCGAGCAAUACGUCUCGCAGACCAUGGAGCCGGACGGGCCUGAAUGGAACACGCUGAUGCAGGCCUUUGCCGACACCAAGAUGUACGGCGUUGUCGGUUGGGCCCAGAGAGCCAACGACUCGCUUUUCAUGACGCAGAGUCUGGUCGGCCCUGUGGCCAACGGCUCAGCCGGAACACUCUGGAAGCAUGAGAAGUUCCGGCCCUCGGGCACAGAGCGCUCCCUCUACUCCGAUGGCCUGCUCAACACGAUCCAUGCGCAAAAGCUCCCCUUCGGCACCGUCUCCAUGCUGCAAUGCUGGGAGCACGUCUAUCCCGAGUCACACUUCAUCGGCUCCGCCCAGCCCGCCAACCUCCACGUCGCCUCCUUCCCCUUCGGCAACGACGUCCCCGAGACAGACAGCGGCGCAACCCCCUACGCCUACUGGCGCGCCGCAGCAAUCGGCUACCAAGCCGGCGCGGCCGGUUCACCCGCCAUGAUCCUCCCCACGGCCGGCGCAGCAACGAUCUUCGGGCGCGGCGGGUCCCCGCUGAACGAGUCACUAUCCAACGCGCAAGAAUCAACCGACGCAAUGCCGUACAUUACAGCCGUGUAUAACACGACCGCGCUGUGGACGGAUGUCGCGUACAGCAUCAACGACUGGUACAGCUACGGCGCCCUGGAGCACAUCGUCGAGGGUCUGCCCGAUGGAAUGCCGCGGCGCAGCGGGCCCUUCUUUGGCCGUGUUCUGUUUACCAUUCAGCAGUUUACCACUGGGUAUAUAUGGCCGCCGACCCUGUCCUGCACGCCUACUUCCAGAUGGCCGUGUAUUAAGAUCUGGCCGGAGCGCGUGGAGGAGGACUUUAUGGCUUGA